AUGACUAGUUUUGAAUAUAUUGUCAUCAAUUCAAAUAAUAUUCAGAUUGGAAACGGUGAAGUUAGUUGUAUUUCCCAGGAGCUCAAAGGAUCAAUUACAAUUCCUAACACAAUUGAAUCCAAGACAGUUACAGUUCUUGGGAAAUAUGCAUUUGAUGGAUGUAACAUCUCAUCUAUCAUACUUCCCGAUACUAUUACUGCCAUAAAUGAUUAUUGUUUUCGAAAUUGUAGGGUUGAGAACUUCUCAGCUCCAACUUCUCUGGUAAAAUUGGGAAAUUAUGCUUUUAGUACUGCUUUUAUUAGAUCUGCCGAUUUCUCUAUGACAAAAAUUGAAAAAUUUGGUGGAGUUGUCCAAUUUGCUGAUUCAUUAUUAACAAAUAUUACAUUUCCAGAAACUUUGACCGAAAUACCUGUUUGGUUCUGUAAAAGGUGCGCUUUUUUGGAGAAUCUUAAAAUUACAAAAAAUAUUAUUUCGAUUGGAGCUUCUUCAUUCAUCGACUGCUAUCGAUUAAAAUAUAUUACCUCUGAAAGUCCAUUUUUCAUCGUAUUUGAAGGAGUUGUUUAUAAUCAAGAUUUUUCAGUCAUGCACAUUUAUCCAUCCAAUUGUUCAACAGAAUUAUUACCAACCGUAAGAUCUAUAAGCAGUAUAAAGGCGUUUAGCGGCGCAGAUCUUGAAAUUUUCACUUUAAAAAUUAAAAUUAAAAAUGUAGGGCCCUCGUUAUUUAGAAGAUGUCCAAACAUUAAAAGAAUUGAUUUGAGAUGCGGGAAUUUUAAAUCUUUGCCAUCUGGUUCUUUUGCAAGUUGUCCAUUAUUAACUGAAUUGUACCUCCCAGAUUCCAUUGAAAAUAUCAAUUCAAGAUCAAUUACUGACUGUCCUCUAUUGAAUACUUUGUACCUUCCCAUGAGUUUAAAGAUUGUUGAUCAGGAGGGCGUUGUUUAUUCUAAUAUUACUGAAGUUUACUAUUGCGGAAUCACUGAUGUUGAGGGAAUUCUACUUGCAUCGGUUAAGGUCCACGUUACCCCACAAUAUGCGUUGAGGAAAUUCAUGGGAAGAACCCCAGUUGAUACAAAUUAUCAAUGUGAAUCGUCUAUUUGUGAAUUUGUAUAUCCAGAUGUUUAUAAAUGCCAGAGUGUUGCUCAGUGUGGCUACUUGACAUCUCAAAUAAGUAAAUCUUUCAUAUACGUUUUUAUUUUGAUGUAA